CACAGCGUCUGUCGUUCAUUUUGUACGCCAUUUUGUCGUUGGUUGUGUGCGUUGCCGCCGGGUGUAGAAAAAGUGAAUUUCUCAGUCAAAUCAGCGUACAAAAUCAGUAAAAAUGGUCGACACAAUUGAAAUGAGUUUAGAUGAGAUAAUAAAAUCCAAGCCCCGGCGCGGCGGCCGUCGCGGAGGUCGCGGCGGAACCCGCGGGGGUGGCGCGCCAAGACGCGGCACGUUCCGAAGAGCCGGCGGCGUCCAAAGGGGCCGAGGACGCGGAGGAAUAACGCGCCAGUACACCCGGGGAGAUGUGAACAGUGCUUGGAAGCACGAUCUGUUCGAGGGCUACGGCCCGCGUAAAGUGGCCGCGGCUCGGGCCGUUGUGCAGUCCAAUGUGGGCCCCACUAAGCUCAUGGUGGGCAAUUUAGACUUUGCGGUCUCCGACUCGGAUAUUCAGGAAUUGUUCGCCGAGUUUGGGCCGCUAAAGAGCGCCUCGGUGCACUAUGACCGCUCGGGGCGGUCGCUCGGCACCGCUGAUGUGAUUUUCGAAAGGCGCACCGACGCUAUUAAGGCCAUGAAGCAGUACAACGGAGUGCCUCUCGACGGACGCGCCAUGAACAUUCAAAUCAUCACGUCGGAGAUUCCGUCGCCGGUCAGGAGGCCCACGGGAGAGAGGAAGUUCCAAAGCAGAAGAGGGGCUGCACCUGCCAAGGGACGACCUAACAGAGGUCGUGGAGGAGGACGAAGUUUCAGAAAUCAAAAGAAACAACCGACAGCUGAAGAACUCGACGCUGAAUUAGACGCCUACACCAAGGAGAUGAAAUAAAAUAAGUGCUAUUAAUAUCAGAGACGCUCAACGCGCCACUUUUUGUGACUUGUGUUUAGUUCUUUCGUAUUUUUAUUUUGUAUUUUGAUUGUAACAUCGAGCCUUACAUUUUAUAAAAAAUAACCACUAAAGUACGAGGAUUACGUAUGCGGUUCGUUUUUUCCACAACUAAAUCUAGUGUUAGGCUGUUUUCUCUUGUUAAUGUAAAUUGUAUUGAUAGGAAUAAAUAAGAAUUAAGUGUGA